UCCCCCCUAUAAGAAAGCUGGCUGAGUGAAUUGGGUGUAGCUGUGUCUGUGUGCGCCUUGGCCAAUGGAACCAGAUCCUCCCUGCAGUGCGUAAGAGCGCGAUUUAGGAUUUAACCAAGUCUUUGCUGCGGGGCUGGCUGCAGUUUUCACCAGAGCCCGACGGCCCGAGAACCUUUCAACAAUGUCAGUGUAGUUUCCACCCCACUUUGGAGUCAGACUGAUUUUUUUUUUUUGGUUAAUUAAACAAAACAAAACCCACGAGUUCCCUCUGGAAGUAUGACUGGAGUAUUCGACCGGAGGAUCCCGAGUGUGAAACCCGCAGAUUUCCAGAGCUCCUUUCAACUCUCCACCAUGCACCAUCCGUCUCAGGAAUCUCCAACUCUACCCGAAUCCACCGCCACAGAUUCUGGCUACUACAGUCCCGCCGGUGGAGUCACACACGGCUACUGUUCGCCCAGUUCCACCUCGUACGGAAAGCCUCUCGGUGCUUACCAGUAUCAGUACCCGGGUGUAAAUGGAACCGCUGGAAAUUAUUCGACAAAAUCCUACAGUGAUUACAGCUCGUACACAACCCCCGCGUACCACCAAUAUGCUGGGACUUACAGCAGAGUUCAAGCCCAGCCGAGUCCACAAGAAAAAGAGAUAAGCGAACCUGAGGUGAGAAUGGUGAACGGGAAGCCGAAGAAAGUGAGAAAACCCCGGACAAUCUACUCCAGCUUCCAGCUGGCUGCCCUGCAGAGGCGCUUUCAGAACACACAGUACCUGGCGCUGCCGGAGAGAGCCGAGCUUGCUGCCUCGCUGGGACUGACGCAGACACAGGUGAAAAUCUGGUUCCAGAACAGAAGAUCAAAAAUGAAGAAGAUCAUGAAAAACGGCGAUCUUCCACCGGACCACAGCCCCAGCUCCAGCGACCCCAUGGCGUGCAACUCCCCACAGUCCCCGGCCGUCUGGGACACACAGGGCCCCUCCAGGCCGCACAGCCUACAGCAACAAAACAUGAACACGACGGCUUCUAACUAUUUGGAAAACUCUGGGUCAUGGUACACCUCAGCGUCCCACCUGCAAACCCCUAACUCGAUACAGCACUCGUUGGCUCUUGGAACGGGGACGUUAUAUUGAAAAGUUCUGUUGUUCAUAUCAAAUAUUUUGUUUUGUUUUUGCUUCUUUUCUUUUUCUUUUCCUCUUCCUCCUUCUCCUCUUCCUCCUCCUCCUUCUUCUAUGGAGCUCGUGUUCAAAUUUCAGAGGAAUAUGCAAUGUAUUUGAUGACAGUCAUAGAAGAAACGUGUAAAAUGUGUAAAUGUGUGCAUGUAAUUUAUUGCAUUUUGGAAGACUAUUAAACGUUUAAUUGGA